AUGUCAUCUCUUACUAAUCAAAUACCUGUAUUGACUUCACAUGGAUCACAAAAGAAAUCAGAAUCAAUUAUGGCUACAUCCACUGCAUACCAAAAAGUUGAAAGGGAGAAUGGACAACUUCAGUAUGUGAAUGAUUGGAAUUUCAAUCAAAAGGGAAACUACUCAGGAAACAACUACUAUCAGGGGUUCAAUAAUCAAGCGUUUGAGCGAAAGCCAUCACUGGAAGAUAUUUUAGGAACCCUCAUUUCGAAGACCAGAUCGAGGUUCAACAAAGAUGAGGCAAGACUUGACAGCAUUGAUUCACAUAUGACCAACUUGGGGGUUACAGUGAAGAAUUUGGAGGUACAGAUUGAGCUUAACCCACGAGAACACUGCAAUGCUAUUACCCUAAGAAGUGGUAAAGCAGUUGAAGAACGCAAGCUUAGAGAGGUUGGGGUACCUACAUCGGAUCCCAUUCUUGUAAGGGAAAAGCAUAUUGAAGGGGAGAAAACUGAAGCAAAGGCAAUAAAGAAGAUUUAUAAGUUUUACUCAAUUUCAUUUCCGGACAACCCACCUAUCUUGAAGCCCCCACUACCAUUCCUACAGAGGUAUUUGAAGAAGGAGUUUGAUGAAAAAUUCGCAAAGCUUCUGGAAGUCUUCAAAAAAAUCCACAUCAACAUUCCCUUUGCAGAAACUUUGGCCCAAAUGCCUAACUAUACCAAGUUCUUAAAGGAAGUGAUGUCAAAGAAGAGAAAGUUGGAGGAAUUUGAGACUGUUAAGCUGACAGAGGAGUGUAGUGCCAUACUUCAGAAGAAGCUCCCUCACAAAUUGAAAGAUCCGGGCAGCUUCAACAUCCCAUGCAAUAUUGGUGGUAUCACAUUUGAUAGGGCACUAUGUGACCUUGGAGCUAGCAUAAACUUGAUGCUCUUAUCAGUGUUCAAAAAGAUGGGUCUUGGAAAAGUGAAUCCCACAACCCUUACUUUGCAACUGGCGGACAGAUCGAUCACAUAUCCCAAAGGCAUUAUUGAAGAUGUGUUGGUGAAGGUUGAUAAGUUCAUCUUUCCGGUGGACUUUGUGGUAUUGGACAUGGAGGAGGAUGAGAAAGUACCAAUGAUUCUUGGCCGACCUUUCUUGGCUACUGGAAGAGCAUUGAUUGAUGUGCAAGAAGGAAAGUUGACACUACAAGUUAAUGAAGAGCAAGUAACUUUCAACAUCGAUCAAGAAAAGAAAGCCCCAGAAAAAGGAAAAGUUGACACUUCAAAAUGA